UCCACAGGCACCCAAGCUUGCAGAGAAGUACUGUGUGUGUCAUUUAGCUACUGGGGACAUGCUGAGGGCCAUGGUGGCAUCUGGCUCAGAGCUCGGUCAGCGGCUUAAGGAAACCAUGGAUGCCGGCAAACUGGUGAGUGAUGAGAUGGUGGUGGAGCUCAUUGAAAACAACCUGGACGCGCCUGCAUGCAAGAAUGGAUUCCUGCUGGACGGUUUCCCCCGCACCGUCAAGCAAGCAGAAAUGCUGGACGGCCUUUUGGAGAAGCGUGAUGAGAAACUGGACUCUGUGGUUGAAUUCUCUGUUGAUGACUCUCUGCUAGUGCGCAGGAUCUGUGGGAGGUAUAAAGAUGGAGGGUCCUGUCAAUUUAAAGCAUUGUGUAGUAGCCCACUACCACUAAUGCUUUCUAUUAGCUCAGUUUAAUUUAAUGAAUAAGGA